AGCAGAGGGGAGGGAAAGGAGGGAGAGUCCAUGAAGGGCUGACACCUGGGAGGCGGAGCUUAGCUCAGCGCUGACGGCACGAGACGCUCCGAGAGACAGACUGGGACAGACUGGGAUCAUGGAGUCAAACUGGAGUAAUCUCCCCUGACAACACACUGCAGACAGCAUGGACUCUGAGUCUUUGGAUGUGUGCAUCCAGAAGGCGCUGGCCGCCGUCUUCCCGCCCUUCCAGGCCUCGGCCCCCACCCUGCUGCCUCAGGUCCUCGCAGUGGUGGACGGCUGUUACCGUGGAGACGGCCUCCGCUACCUCUUCCACUUCCUGCUUCCUUCCAAGCACUUCCUGCAGAACCUGCAGCAGGAUGCCUGUGCUCCGUUCUCCGGCCUGUUGUUCCGUCAUCCCGGCUGGCCUCUCUGCCUCCAUGAGAGGAUAGUCAUCCAUCUUUGUCCUCUGGACCCGCUCCUCCUCCAUCCAGGAGACUUCUACUUGCUGCUUUCUCCUCCUGCGGCCUGCGGGGCCCCUGUCCCUCCCCACCUGCUCCUGGUCAGCACGUCAGCGGGCGGCCGCCAUGCGGAGCAGCAGGAGGUGCCGGCCCGGGCCCUGACCUCCAUCUUCAGCAUGGCCUGGCUAGACGGCGAGAACCGGGAGCGUGAGCGGCGCCGCGCCACCAGGCUGCGGCGCUGCGUCCUGUCCGCCCAGGGCGACGUCUUCAGGGUCCCCUGGGAGGACGUCGUCCACCCGCAGUUCAUCAGACGCUCGCGUGGCUCCGCCGCCUCCUCCAGGACGGACGGGAAGCUCCUCCCACUCCCAGCUACACCCAGCCAGUCCGCAGCCAGCAGCGACGACUCGGAGGGCGAAUACGUGGAGCUGACCGAGCUGCUGCCGCCGCUGCAACCAGCGCUGACACGCUUCUCCCCACAGAAAGGAUCCCUGACCCAGUCCAUCAGCCUGCAGAACCGGACCAGAACCACAACACACCCGUGGGCCACCAAGGCCAGCUCACACACCGUGCAGUGCUCCAGACUGCUGGAGGAGAACUUCAGUCCCUCCUCCUCCUCUUCCUCAGAAGGCUGCGGUGCAGCAGGGAGGAGCAGCAUGCACGCUGCAGCUGCAGGAGGUGAGGAGGAGGAGGAGGAGGAGGCAAAGCAUGACAGAGAUGAAGGUUUGGAGUCAGACUGUGCAGAAAGAGAGGAGCGACGGCAGCAGGAGAGGAGGAGCGAUGAAGAGGAGGAGGUGGUUCUGGGAAGAAAGGAGGAAGUGAUGAAAGUUGAUCAGAAGGAAGAAGGAGAGGUUAAAGAGAAAAAGACAGGAUGUGAAGAGUACACAGCUAAAGACUUUAACUCUGAAAUUAACAAACUAAUGCACUCUGAGGACUCUUAUUCUGAAAGGUUUAUGAGAAAACUAAACCUGGAGGCCUCAUACGGUAAAAACAUGACUGAAAAUACAAACACAGAAGACUUUUGUUGUGAAAGUAUCACAGAAGAAAUCCUCCCAGAGGACUCUUAUUUUGAAAAUAUGUCAGAAAAAAACAAACAGAGUACCUCUAAUUAUGGAGAUAUGGGAGAAAAUAUAAAUCCAGGAGGCUCUUAUUCUGAAAAACUAACAAAAAAUACAUACCUGAAAGACUUUUAUUCUGAAAAUAUUAUAGAGAAAAUAAACCCAGAGGACUCUUAUUGUGAAAAUAUGAGCCAUAAAACAACACACCCAGAUUUUCAGUGUAAAAGCAUCACUGAAAGAAAACAUUCAGCUGAGUAUUAUUUUGAAAAUAUUGCUCUAAAAGCAACUUCUGCCAGCUCUUUUUCUGAAAAUGAGACACAGAAAACUGGCACUGAUGACUUUUAUUCUGACGGCACACAGUCUGAAGACUCUUAUUUUGAAAUUGGCUCCUUUCAAAUACCCUCUGAGUCAAAGAAGUUAAAUUCUGGGCAUGUUUUCCCCAACAGCUCUAAAACUGAACAAAGCCUCUUCAAAUCCGAAGACUCUUAUUCGGAAAAGCUAAUACAACAAACACUACCUGAAGACUCUUAUUUUGAAGAUCCAGCACAACUACCGCUACCUGCGGACUCUUAUUCUGAAAAACAAGAACAACUUGAUGACUCUUAUUCUGAAAAUCUGAUACAACAUGAAAACUCUUAUUCUGAAAAUGCAACACAACACGAGGACUCUUAUUUUGAAGAUCAGAUUAAACAUGAGGACUCUUAUUCUGAAGAUCCAGCACAACUAACACUACCUGAGGGCUCUUAUUCUGAAAACCGAACACAACCUGAGGAUUCCUGUUCAACAACAAACCAACUGAAUGUAAUUUAUUCUGAAAAACAAACGCAGGACUCUUAUUGUGAAGUUCCAGCAGAGUCUGAGGAAGCUCCUCCUGCGUUCAGUGGAGUUCAGGAGAACCUGGGGAAAGAAGAGGAGCAGAUUGGUGGACGAAUAUCUGCAGGUCAUCAGACUGAAGGUUCCAGCUGUGAGGGUUCCCAUAUCCAGUUACACAUCAACGCUGGUUUUGGUCCAAAAGAACCAGAAAAACCCUUAGCUUCCCCAACCCAGUCCUCCCAGUCGAGGUUCCAGAGUGUGCUGCUGAGGUCUGGAGCUGUGUGCCUGCCUGGAACCAGAGACAGAGCAGGGCGGGUUCUUCUCACCAUCUCCACCUGCAGCCCUGUGUGGACAGACCCAGACUGUGAGAGCGCCAAGCUGCUCCACCUCAUGCGCUACUACACCUCCACCCUCAGGGCGGAGGCUCAAGCCAUGGGGCUGACGGUGUUGGUGGAUGCUCGGAGAGCUGCUCCUGCAUCUGCCGUCUUCUCUGCCCUCCAGACCCUGCAGGAGGAUUCGCCCAGCUCCAUCCACUCAGUUCUCUUCCUUGCUAACAAAGACUCAUCACUGUGGCUGGAUAAAGCUGCUGCUGCUCAGGUGGAGGUGCUGAGCUCCCUGACGUCUCUGCAGAGACAUGUGGAUCUGCAGCAGCUUCCUGUAGAGCUUGGAGGCUCAUUCAGCUUCAGCCAGAGCAACUGGAUCAGCUUCAGAUUGAGGGUGGAGCAGCUCUCCAGGCAGUGCAGCAGCGUCAUCCAUCUGCUGCAGGAAACCAUCAGCAACCUGCAGAGCACACCUUUACCUGCUGUUGCUGAGGACAACCCAGACGUUGUCCCUGUCCCCUGCCAGGAUGCGGAGCAGCUGCUGUCCAGCUGCAGGGCGGCGAUGUGCAGCACCCUGAAAGACGCCCGCUUGGUGCAGCUGCAGCAGGAGGGCGGGGCCUCUCUGGCCUGGCUGCGCAGGGACGAGGUGAUCGGCGCGGAGGAGCAGCGGGCGGCGGUGGAGGCCGCGGCGUCUCUCUACGAUUGGGUGGACGAGCUGCUGCACCGCCUGGUCACCCUGUCCAACGCCAGGACGCAGGAGCUCAGCUUCAUCGCCGAGUUCAGGGGCCUGGAGCGCGGCUUCAGCCAGGUGAGGGCGUGGCUGGAGGAGGAGGGCGAGCUCCGCCUGCAGUGUCUGAAUGAGCCGGUGGACUCUCUGGAUCUGCUGAGCAGGAAGCAGCAGGACUUCAAGGAGUUCUACGCCGUCGCUUACGAGCGAUGCAAGCGGGGCGAAGCUCUGCUGAGCCGGCUGGAGCGCUGGGGCGACGUCUCCAAUCCGGACCUGCACCCCUACGAGGUCAAAGUUCACUCCUUCUGGGCCCAGCUGCAGGACUUCUCCCAGCGGGUCAAAAGCACCGAGCAGAACAUGGAGCGGGCCGUGCAGCUGUACCGUUUCCUGGACCAGGCCUACGGCUGGGCGCUGGAGGGCCUUCGCCAGCUGGCUUGCGUCUCCAUGGAGGACUGCACGGCGCCGGACAAAUGCUGUGCUGUGAUUGGCUGCCUGGAAGACUACCAGUCAAAGCACCCUCCAAUCCCAGAGAGCCGCUUCCAGGAGAUGAAGGCGGAGGCGGGGCUGCUGAGGGGCGAGCGCGGCCUCCGCCAGUGGAGCUUCGCCUGGUCCAAGUGUCAGGAGACAGAAAACACGUUUGACAGGAAGAUGGAGGCGGCGCUCCUGACUCGGGACUCCGCCCACCGUUGCCGCUCCGACUCUGUCGUGAGCACAAGCUCCGCCUCCUCCAGGAAGUCCGGGCUCUGGGGAAUCCUUGACGCGUCGCCACCCACCCCGCAGCGCACACCAUUCCUGCGGCGCCUGCUGCGGAGCUCCUCCUCCUUUGAAGAGUCGGUGCGGCAGGACGUCUGCUCCCCUGGCUUCAUCCCGCCCUCCUCUUCCUCCUCCUCUUCUUCCUCCAGGAGGCAGCUGCUGAGGAAGACCCAGAGCUUCGACCACCCGGCCUCACCCGACUCGUCGCGCUGCGGCGCCGGCCCUCGCACCCUCAGCGAGCCGCCGCGCAGAGGAAACACGGGCGUGUUCAUCCGCGGCCUGGAGGUCAGCAGCACGGAGGCAGCGGACCGGACGCUCCGCCCCAGAAUCCCGGGGCAGAACUGGGCGGGUCCACGGAGCCCUGGGACACCAGGGGGCACCGCAGGGGACGGCCGGCCCCGAGGAAGUAAACUGCGGCACAUCGUGGAGGAGAUGGUGACCACGGAGCGGGAGUACGUUCGCUCGCUGCGUUACAUCAUCCAUCACUACUUCCCAGAGAUGGAGCGCGCCGACCUUCCUCAGGACCUCAGAGGGAAACGCUCCGUCAUCUUUGGCAACCUGGAGAAGCUGCUGGACUUCCACAGCCAGUUCUUCCUCAGGGAGCUGGAGGCCUGCUGGAAGCACCCACUAAGGGCGCCACACUGCUUCCUCCGACACCAGGACCAGUUCAGCCUCUACGCUCUCUACAGUAAGAACAAACCCAAAUCUGACGCUCUGCUGAUGAACCACGGCCAAGCCUUCUUCAGGAGGAAGCAGCUGGAGCUGGGCGAUAAGAUGGACCUGUCGUCCUACCUGCUGAAGCCCGUCCAGAGGAUGAGUAAAUACGCCCUGCUGCUCUCUGACCUCACCAAGGAGGUGGGCGGCACUCAGGAGGCGGAGCUUACCGCGCUGCAGGACGCCACCAACAUGGUCAAGUUCCAGCUUCGCCACGGCAACGACCUGCUGGCCAUGGACGCCAUUAGGGAAUGCGAUGUGAACCUGAAGGAGCAGGGUCAGCUGAUCCGGCAGGACGAGUUCACGGUCUGGAGCGGCAGGAGGAAAUGCCAGCGCCACAUCUUCCUGUUCGAGGAUCUGCUUCUGUUCAGCAAGCCCAAGAAGAUGGAGGGUGGGCUGGACGUCUUCAUCUACAAGCACUCCUUCAAGACGGCGGACGUGGGCCUGACGGAGUCCAGCGGGGACGACGGGCUCCGCUUCGAGAUCUGGUUCCGGAGGAGAACCGCCAAGAACCAGACCUUUGUCUUGCAGGCCGCCUCGGCCGACGCCAAGCACGCCUGGACCGCCGACGUCGCCCGCAUCCUGUGGAGCCAGGCGGCCCGCAACAAAGAGAUGCGUCUGAAGGAGAUGGUGUCGAUGGGAGUGGGGAACAAACCGUUCCUGGACAUCCAGCCAAGCGACGCCGCCAUCAGCGACCGGGCCGUCCAUUACAUCAUGAAGCCCAGAGGCGCCAGAACCAGGGCGUCCAUCGCCGUGGCAACCUUUGACUACGCCCACCCAUUCAGCAGGGCGGCGGCCUCGGAGGCGGCGGCAUCUGGACCGUCGUCCUGCAGCCUGCUGGGACCGCUCAACCUGCACAUGUUCAGCUCCACCGCCCCCCCUGCCGACGCCUCCUUCAGCUCCUCCUGCAUCGAGGAAGACGAGCAGGAGCAGGAGACCAGCAGCCAGCCUUCCAUGACCACCGAGAGCUCCGGCUCCUCCUCCCGCUGCCUCUCUGGCUCCACCGGCUCCGACAGCGGCUGCGCCUCCUCCCACCUGCGGGACGAGCCCCGUCCCUCCUCCGGAAAGCGCCACGGCAACGGCGCCUUCGUCUCGUCUGAUGCCGCCACCGUCGUCUGACGCCGUUUCACAGGUUCUGACGCUUCCAGGAGGAAUGUUGGUUCUACUUCCUGUAAAUAUUCCUGUACAGUCCAGUCAGCAGGUUCCUCCAGAACCGGCCCGGCGGUCCAGAACCGGCCCGGCGGUCUGACUGUACAUGUGUGUAAAUAUUCCUCAGCUGAACGUUGCUCGCUCUUUUCUAACCUCGUUAAUAAACACGUUUGAUGAAAAGCGCA